UCUCCUCAGGGCACUGCUUCGCCUAUCUGCGACGCGAGUAGCGGCAGCCGGGUCGAGACUCUGUCUCGCUUGGGUGAACACUGGGUACCUUUACAGGCGGUCGCAUUCGCAGUCACUACUGAUCCAUUUAUGCGCCGCGGUCAUUACUGGAUGUGUCUGGGGCUCAAUCUACCCUUCCUUGGCCCGCAGAUCAGCAACAUCAGCGAAUUUAUUCGAACGCAACUUUGGCUUGAUUUGGACUUGGGAAUAUUC